AUGGGGCACCCUCGUUUCAAUAAAGGUGGGCACCGUCGGGAGUGGGCGCGGUUAGAUGAGGACUUGGAGGAUUCUCUGCAGGCGGAAGGUGACUUGCGUACAUCAUCAUGGCGCGACUGUACAGUGGUAGACCCGCGUUUGCGACGACGGUACCGUGCUAACUUGAAUGACCGUGGUUAUGGGGGUGUACCGCCGCCUCUUCGGGGUAACCCUUCCGCCUUCUUUCAAGAAACGGCAUACCGUGGAGGACCCGGUGGUCGAUACGGCGACUACCACCUUGGGAACACGGAUUAUCUGUACGGCUCGGGCGAACCGCAUCGGGCGUUGGGCUACGGGCCGGGUCGUUAUGGUGGGACGUGGGAGGACUCAGCGGAGCGGUGGCUGCGGGAUUCACAGGCGAAAUUCCGCCAGAAUUUGGACCCAGUGAGCAUGUACUCGUACGACCCUGGAUGCCCGUACUGCACCAACCUUGGAAACCAGCAACCGCUGCUAAACACAGCCGCCGCAGCGGCCACGAGCUUCAACCUCGUGAAAGGUCCCGAUGGCACCGAAAACGUCCUCACGUCCACUUCCGUGCCACCCGAGAAAUUGCCAGCAAACGAAAUAAACGGCGGUCAAGGCAAAUGGAAUGUGUGGUACAGCGAUACACCCGGCAAUGAACACACUGUCAUCGCCGUCGAUCGCUCACUCAUCGAAUGCCAACCUAAAACCAGCCAUGUGCAUAUCACCAACGCACCCGACCUUGACCGCUGGCGAGAAUCCUACCAUCACUCCAACGCCACUCCUAUCAACGGAGUUAAUUGCUACGUUGCCUUCACACCAAGUGAACCCAAAACACACGUCUGGCUCAACGGAGUAGCCAUACAUAUCUCCGAAAUGGUCAACUUGACUGUGACCGAAAAUAAGGACGCAAGAUCACAAGACAGAGACCGAGACCGAGAGAGAGACCGAGAGAGAGACCGCGAUCGCGACCGUGACCGAUAUAGAUGA